AUGACAAGCCCUGAAGGAAAGCCAAAUAUGGAGUCCGUAGGAUAUACUCCUUCAACUCUGGAGAUGGUCGCUAGGCGGACCGACCCAGAUAUCGAGAUAUUCACCUAUCAGACAUCCUGGCCUCAAACCUUCACUGAAGUCGCGGCUCGCAUGCAGUCUGCCCUGGGGCAUUCAGCCCUCAAACUGGAGCACGUGGGGUCAACAUCGGUGCCCGAUCUCGCUGCGAAACCUAUCAUCGACAUCCUUCUGGAAGUGGACGAUCCCUCGGACGAGGGUGCAUACGUUCCGCAACUAGAGGAUCUCGGAUUCACCCUACACUUCCGCCAGCCAAAGUGGCACGGUCACCGUUUUCUCGCCCUCGCCCUCGACGAGCACGACGCCGAGAUCAACGUCCAUGUCCACAGGGCUGGCUGCCAGAUCGCCGCCCAGUUCCUGACGUUCCGGGACUUUCUGCGUGACAAUUCAUGGGCGAGGGACGAGUAUGCCGAGGCCAAGAGGAAGGCUGCUGAGACGUCCAACGAGGAGAAGGGGGGCCGCUUGCAGUAUCAGAGGCAGAAGGCUGCUGUGCUUGACCGGCUCAAGGCCAGGGCCCUGGAGGAAAGCCCCUCGCCCCCUUGUACUGAUUGUCGUGUGGGGUAA